UUACCGUGGCUGUAUGCUAAUGUCAUGUUUGCUUUCAAAAGUACGUUCAGUGUUUUAUAGGUGCAGUGUCGACAUCGUGUCGUUCCACAGGUCCUUUCAUGUCACAGUGUCGCAGUGAUAGAGUAUAGUGGCUAGUUUGGAUCUGAGGAGAUGGUGAUGGUUGAGUGUGGUCAUGUUUUGAUCUAGCUUCGGACUUUUUGAUUGGAUCUGUUAACUACUUUUCCGCUUUAAGUCAGAGCCUUUGUCACCAUGGAUACAGACUUGUAUGAUGAGUUUGGCAAUUACAUUGGGCCUGAGAUCGACUCUGAUGAUGAGGAUGAUGACCUUCGUAGACAGGAUAGAGAUGCAGAUGAGUAUGAAGAAGGUGGUGAUGACGAUGAUGAUGUAGACCGUGAUGAUGAUCCACCUGGGAUGGACAUAGUGCUUCAUGAAGACAAGAAGUAUUACCCCACCGCAGAGGAGGUCUAUGGCCCGGAGGUAGAGACAAUCGUACAGGAAGAGGACACACAACCACUCACUGAGCCAAUUAUUAAACCUGUGAAGAAAAAGAAGUUUUCAUUGGUGGAGCAAGGUCUUCCAGCAACAGUGUAUGAGAUGGACUUUCUUGCAGAUCUCAUGGAUAACCCAGAACUGAUCCGAAAUGUGACUCUUUGUGGACACCUGCAUCAUGGGAAGACAUGUUUUGUGGACUGUGUAAUUGAGCAGACCCAUCCGGACAUCAGGAAACGACACGACCAAGAUCUUUGUUACACUGACACACUUUUCACAGAACAAGAGAGAGGUGUUGGAAUAAAGAGUACCCCAGUGACUGUUGUGCUGCCCGACUCCAAGGAAAAGUCCUAUCUGUUUAACAUAAUGGACACUCCAGGUCAUGUAAACUUCUCAGAUGAGGUCACUGCAGGCCUUAGGAUUUCAGAUGGCAUUGUGCUUUUCAUUGAUGCAGCUGAAGGGGUGAUGUUGAAUACAGAAAGGCUAAUAAAGCAUGCAGUUCAGGAACGGUUAGCAGUCACUGUGUGCAUUAACAAGAUUGACCGCUUGAUUUUGGAGCUGAAAUUGCCCCCAACUGAUGCCUACUAUAAACUCCGGCACAUUGUUGAUGAAAUCAAUGGCUUGUUAAGCAUGUACUCUACAGAUGAGAAUUUGAUCGUCUCUCCACUACUGGGAAAUGUUUGUUUUGCAAGCUCACAGUACAGUAUUUGUUUCACACUGGGCUCCUUUGCCAAGAUUUAUGCUGAUACAUUUGGCAACAUCAGUUACUUAGAAUUUGCUAAACGGCUCUGGGGUGACAUCUACUUCAAUCCUAAAACGAGGAAAUUCACAAAAAAAGCCCCUACAAGUAACUCUCAGCGGAGUUUUGUGGAGUUUAUUUUGGAACCCUUGUACAAGAUAUUAGCACAGGUGGUUGGAGAUGUGGACACUACUCUUCCAAGGACAUUAGAUGAACUUGGCAUCCACUUGACAAAGGAGGAACUGAAACUGAACAUCAAGCCCUUGCUGAGACUCGUGUGCAAAAAGUUCUUUGGUGAAUUCACUGGUUUUGUGGACAUGUGUGUUCAGCACAUUCCUUCACCACAGGCUGGAGCCAGAGCAAAGGUUGAACACACCUACACCGGUGGGCUGGACUCUGAACUAGGAGAAGCAAUGUGUGAAUGUGAUCCAGAAGGUCCCCUUAUGUGUCACACCACAAAAAUGUACAGCACGGAAGAUGGCGUUCAGUUCCAUGCAUUUGGUAGAGUGCUUAGUGGAACAAUCCAUGCAGGGCAGCUUGUCAAAGUCCUUGGGGAGAACUACACUCUAGAAGAUGAGGAGGAUUCUCAGAUCUGCAUGGUCGGCAGGUUGUGGGUCUUUGUGGCCAGGUAUAACAUAGAAGUAAACAGAGUACCUGCUGGAAACUGGGUAUUAAUUGAAGGAGUGGAUCAGCCCAUAGUGAAAACGGCUACCAUCACCGAGCCUAGAGGGAAUGAGGAGGCCCAGAUCUUCCGGCCCUUGAAAUUUAACACUGUAUCAGUCAUUAAAAUUGCUGUUGAGCCAGUGAAUCCUUCAGAGCUGCCAAAAAUGUUGGAUGGACUACGAAAAGUGAACAAGAGUUAUCCAUCCCUAACAACAAAGGUGGAAGAAUCAGGGGAACAUGUCAUCUUGGGAACAGGGGAGCUGUACUUGGAUUGUGUGAUGCAUGACCUCAGGAAGAUGUAUUCUGAGAUUGAUAUCAAGGUUGCUGAUCCAGUUGUAACAUUCUGUGAAACAGUGGUCGAAACCUCCUCCUUGAAGUGCUUUGCUGAAACGCCUAAUAAAAAAAAUAAGAUCACAAUGAUUGCAGAGCCUUUGGAAAAAGGCCUGGCUGAAGACAUUGAGAAUGAAGUAGUACAGAUCACCUGGAACAGAAAGAAGCUUGGUGAGUUCUUCCAGACAAAGUAUGACUGGGAUUUACUGGCAGCUCGUUCUAUCUGGGCAUUCGGGCCUGAUGCUACUGGUCCAAACAUUUUGGUUGAUGAUACAUUGCCAUCAGAGGUUGAUAAAGCUCUGCUGGGAUCUGUAAAAGACAGUAUCGUCCAGGGGUUCCAGUGGGGAACCCGAGAAGGCCCACUUUGUGAUGAGUUGAUCCGUAAUGUUAAGUUUAAGAUCUUGGAUGCUGUGAUUGCUCAAGAGCCGUUACAUCGAGGAGGUGGGCAGAUAAUCCCAACAGCCAGACGAGUUGUAUACUCAGCUUUCCUGAUGGCCACCCCUCGUCUGAUGGAGCCUUACUACUUUGUAGAAGUUCAGGCCCCUGCAGAUUGUGUGUCUGCUGUUUAUACUGUACUGGCCAGAAGAAGGGGUCAUGUGACACAGGAUGCACCAAUCCCAGGUUCUCCACUGUAUACCAUCAAGGCAUUCAUCCCAGCAAUUGAUUCUUUUGGGUUUGAGACAGAUUUGCGUACACACACACAAGGCCAAGCCUUCUGUCUUUCUGUGUUUCACCACUGGCAGAUUGUUCCUGGAGACCCUCUGGAUAAGAGCAUUGUUAUCAGACCCCUCGAGCCUCAGCCAGCUCCACACUUAGCCAGAGAGUUCAUGAUAAAAACAAGACGCAGGAAGGGUCUGAGUGAAGAUGUCAGUAUCAGCAAGUUUUUCGACGAUCCUAUGUUGCUCGAGUUGGCGAAACAGGAUGUAGUCUUGAAUUAUCCCAUAUAAAGUAUUUUCCAAUAACUUCUGAACUUCUUAAGAAGGCUGUGAGUAGAACUAGCAGCCUUGUCUUCCCAUGUAUGAAUAAAAUAGGACAGAAAGAAGGUAUCUUGCCUCUACCUUAUUUUGAAACUGCCGGCAAAUCUAAGGUAGCACUUAGUGUGCAAGUCCUUUACGUGUUUACAUUGGAACAGAAUUCCAGGAAGAACAUUUGGUGGAACAGUGAAAUUAAUUUACUUUUAUUUUAUUAAAUAUUUUUUAUAUUUA